ACGAAACACAGCCAAUCGACACCGUGGUCUAAUACCAAGUGGGUGUCACAAUCCUUGCGCAUGCGAAAACAACGAUAACACGGCCAACCCCUCCCAGAAGCCCAUGGACCUGUCCCCAUCAUUCCUCCUCCGGUAUGAUGUAUAAAGAUGUAAACCCGCAUCGAAAAUUUUCGAGCCUUUCUUCGUACAAGUCGCAUUUGGUCACUGGAUUUGAUCCAGUCAAAACAAACAAUGGCAGGCUCCUCAGAUUCUAUCAGCACCGCUUUUGGCAUUGUUAGUGUGUGCAUAAGUCUAAUUGGUGUGUGGAUCAGCUACCUGACUUUGCGAGCAAUGUGUCUUGAUGAUACCGGACGUAACACAUGUCAACGUCCCGUCGAUCACGAUUAUAUCCUUCGGCACGAGCAUACGCACUUCGCUGGGCAAUCCCCUUCCAGUCGAAAGCGAAUUUCUACUCUGGCUUGAGCCAUAGUAUGCAGGGGCAAAUACCAAGCUAGGAGAUUGAGUUCAAGGUUUAGCUGGCGUUUAGUCUCCACAUGGUCACUGGUUACCUGGAGUUUGGCAGUGGAGGAUAAACUGGAUGGGGAAAAUCGACAACGAAUCUUUCGGAGCUCGUUCCAUAGGUCUCAUAAUUAUUUGAACUUCUGUUCGGC